AUGGCAAGACCUUAUUGGAUGACGGUCACCGCCGGCGAGAGCCGGUCGAGAGAUCCGGCUGCUAGAGGUUCAGAUGUUAAUGCACUCAACAGGAUCUGUGUGGACCCAGACCUGUGUGGACCCAGUCCUGUGUGGACCCAGAACUGUGUGGACCCUGACCUGUGUGGACCCAAGCCUGUGUGGACCCAGAAUUGUGUGGACCCUGACCUGUGUGGACCCAGUCCUGUGUGGACCCUGACCUGUGUGGACUCAAGCCUGUGUGGACUCAGAACUGUGUGGACCGUAGCCUGUGUGGACCCAGAACUGUCCUGUGUGGACCCAUACCUGUGUGGACUGAAGCCUGUGUGGACCCAGAACUGUCUGGACCCUGACCUGUGUGGACCGAAGCCUGUGUGGACCCAGAACUGUGUGGACCCAGUCCUGUGUGGCCCCAAGCCUGUGUGGACCCAGUCCUGUGUGGACCCAAGCCUGUGUGGACCCAUACUUGUGUGGACUCAGUCCUGCAUGGACCCAAGCCUGUGUGUACCCAGUCCUGCAUGGACCCAAGCCUGUGUGGACCCAGUCCUGUGUGGACCCAAGCCUGCGUGGACCCAGUCCUGCAUGGACCCAAGCCUGCGUGGACCCAGUCCUGCAUGGACCCAAGCCUGCGUGGACCCACUCCUGCAUGGACCCAAGCCCGCGUGGACCCAGUCCUGUGUGGACCCAAUCCUGUGUGUACCCAGUCCUGCGUGGACCCAGUCCUGUGUGGAGCACUGA